UCCAGUGCAUGCGCCAACGGCACUAGCGCAAAAUGCAGUCCGCUACUCGUGGACGUCGAUUUCCGAUAUAUGUUUGUAUAUGAAUUGUUCUAAACGGAUGUUAUUUAAUGAACAUCUGAGUCGAUGCUAUUUAGUCUUUUUCAUGUUUGGAAUGUGCAAUUAACAAAGACCUUGAGCAAAGUCCAGAACAUACAGUAGACUAUGAGGAGGUAUCACUCCGCCCCGCUCUGCGAUUUUAGACUGUAAAGUAGUACCGACCAGUCGGAAACGUCCCACAACUUCUGUCAAAUCUUCACGGCAGAGAAGUGAGGAAACAAACUAUUUUAACUAAAUAAAGUAUAAACGUCUGCAACUCUGGACUCGAUGUUGCACCGUGAAAAUGACAUAGUUUUGGGGAAUUGACCGCUCGCCAAUGACAGGUUGGCCUAGCUGAGAGGCGUGCUAACCAUGCCUCUGCUGCCUGUGCUGCCUGAGUCCUGCACACAUGUGCUGGCUGAGUUUGACUGCUUGGAUCCCCUGCUCUCCGCCCUGCGCCUGGACUCCAGCAGGAUCAAGUGUACCUGCGUGGCGGUCUCGAAGAAGUGGUUGGUGCUGGGAACCUCAGCAGGGGCUCUCCACCUUAUCCAGAAAGAUGGCUGGAAGCAGCGCUUGAUCCUCACACACAAGGAGGGAUUCAUUACCCAGGUAGCAUGCUGCCCACAUGAUGAAGACUUUAUUGCAGUUGCUACAAGUCAGGGCCUGGUGGUGGUGUGGGAGCUGCACCUGGAGCGGCGGGGGCGCCCUGAGCGUGUCUGUACCUCCUGGGAACACCGGGGCCAGACGGUGACGGCUCUCUGCUGGGACACGGCCGUGCUGCGCGUCUUCGCAGGGGACGCAGGCGGGAAGGUGUCCUCUGUCCGUGCCGCAUCCUCCAAGCUGGGCAAGGGCUCGGCGUUCGUCAUCUUUCCCAUCCAGACCAUCACCACCCUGGACUCGAGAGUGGUGCAGCUGGGCUACCAGGAUGGCCGUCUUCUGGUUUCCUCACUCAGCCGCUGCUACUUGUGCGACACAGAGAGGGAGAAGUUCUGGAAAGUGGGGAACAAGGAGCGGGACGGGGAAUAUGGGGCCUGCUUCUUCCCCCCGGCACGCGGCUCGCCAGUCGGCACGCCGCCCCUCUUGUACUGCGCGCGGCCGGGCUCCCGGGUGUGGGAGGCCAACUUCAGCGGCGAGGUGCUCAGCACGCACCAGUUCAAGCAGCUCCUCGCCUGCCCUCCUAUGCCCCUCAUAUCCUGCAGGUGUGAGCCGCAGUUUCACGCUGCUCCAAGAGGCCCCCAGUCCAUGGCUUUCCCCAGGCUGCUAUACCUCAGUGAUCAGAACCUGCUGACCUGGACUGAGUCGGCGAUCUACAUCUUCGUGCCUCAGUGCGACCAGGUCCUGCUCUGGACUGAAAUUAAAGACCUGAUUGAGGUUGCAGUUUUCCGCAGUGAGCUUUUCUGUCUCCAUGCCGAUGGACGCCUGUCCCACUUGAGCCUGCUGUCUGCGGAGCGCUGUGUGGACAGGCUGAUACGCAGGGAAGCCUGGUCCCUGGCCGCCUCUGUCUGCUGCAUGUUCCCGCACGCCAUCGCCCCCUGCAGGGCCCGGAAGUCACUUCCCAUUGACCGCCUGGAGUACCUGCGUUCACAGCUCAACCCCAGCACCCAGCAAGACCUUCUCAGCCAACUAGAGGACAUGAUCCCCAAACUGGAGCCCCUGGACUCUGCCUCCAGCAGCCGCAGAAGCAGCAUAUCUUCACAUGAGAGCUUCAAUGUGCUGGACUGCGGUAUCUACAGGGUGAUCAGUCGAAGAGGAAGCCAGUCAGAUGAGGAAACCAGUUCCCUGGUCAGCCAGUCAAUGCUCGAGGAGGAGCGGCUGAAGGAGUUUAGCUUUGUGCAUGAGGAGGAGCCUGUGGAGCCUGCCACCUCCGAUCCCCCGCCCAGCGAGCGCACAGAGCCCGAACGCUCCGAGUCCGGCCUUCAGUUUCACCUACCCCUCUCAUUCCGCCCCAAACCCCCCCGCGUGGCUCUGCAGGCUGUUCGAGACAGUGUUUCCAGCUUUGUAAAGAAGACCUCUGAGAGGAUAAACACCCUCCAGAUGAACUCUGACCUUUGGCCCCGUCCCGAUCAGAGAGAAGUAGGGCAAAAUGACAUCACGGCUGAAAUGGCAUCGUUUCCAGAAGAACUGGACCGCCUAUCUGACGCUGAUCGACCCAGUUCAGACACUGAUUGGGAAGAGCUGAGAGGAGCAACUCAGAAAGCAGUGAUCCUGAUUCAAGAUCCGCUUCUUCUCCUGGACCCAGCUUGUCUGCGGGAGGUUCUGUGGCAGUGGCUUUCAGUGCUGGAACAAAUUCUGGGCCCAGAGGCGAUCCCUCUGGCUGGACAGUAUCCCUCUGAGGUACAUCACCCUGAGAAAGACGCCCAGGGGCCAGAGCCCCCAGGAUGCCAGGUAGAGGAAAGCGCUGUUGGGAUCGGGGAAGUCAAGGAGCCGGAGGGGAUGCUGGCGCCGGCUGAGGAGGGGCAGCAGGUUGGCGCGGAGUCCAAGCUGGGGGCGACACUGAUGGAAGACACUGAAGUGAACGCAACCCAGCAAGAACCAGUACGUGUGAAGCCUCCUAGGCCCAUACCGUCUGACCUGCAGGCCGACCUCACCCAGCUGGCCUCUCUCUGCCUGGACCUCGGCUGUUUCCAUGGUAACGCUCUACAGGAGCGGGUUCGAGCGGAGGAGCCCAUGGGCCCUUGCGUGUUUCUCCGACGGUACUUCUUUCUACUGGACCCCGAGCGGACGCGACGGUGCUGCCUGCUGCGCUACCGGGACCAGCCGGCGGUGUGGAAGGCCUACAUGGCAGGCCUGCAGGCGCUGACGGGCUCCAGCGCGGUGGUGGAGGUGAUCGAGAAGGGAGUCCUCCUGAGGUCCCUGAAGAGCCUAAGGGAACUGCAGCCCUGGACGUCCUCCUCGCUGCUUGCCCACCUGCAGAGGCUGUACGAGAAGCAUGGGGAGGCAGCAGUACGCUCCUUCGUCCAGUUCUACCCCAAAGUCAUCCCCUGUGAUGUCAUGGCUAUGGCUCAGAAGAGCCACUUCCUUGCAUAUCUGGAUAACUUGGUCCAUUCGCAGGCUGAGGAGCAAAGACUUUCGUUUUUAGGUUCCCUUCUUCAGCCUGAGUCACUACGGCAGGAUUGGCUUGAGCUUGCGCUAUCCCAUGAUGCCCCUCACCUAGCAGACACAGUAACCCCAGAAGGACAGCCUAGGUGGCUGUCGCACCUCUUCACCUGGGGAUAUGGCCGUCUCCUCUCCCUUCUCAUUCGCCUGCCAGCUGAUUUUGCUUCUAAGCAGAAGAUGGCCGAGUUGUGUAAAACCCAUGGAUACUGGCUGGGUUACCUGACUCUAUGCUGCGAGCUGCGUCACAGACCCCAGGCAUUUGCCACCGUCUGCCGGCUGGAUGACAUGAGUCUGCUGCAGGAGAAGAGCGGACUAAUGCCUGAGACUCUAGACGAAUGGAAGCUCCUCAUCCAGCUUUCGCAGAGCUGCUGCGACGCUUCAGAGCCCGAUUCCGGCCCGCGAAGCGCCCAUGAUGGCGGCUUAUCCAACGGCUCCUGCGACCAGAGCAGCCGCAUCACCCCCGAGAGCCUGACGCUGCAGCUGGCCCGGGUGGUGGGGCCGGACCGCGCCCUGGACGUGCUGCAGAGCUGGGGGGUGCGUGUGGAUCUGGGCCCACACUCCACCGUGGUGUGCGAACUCCUGAGGAUCGCAGAGAAGAGACAGAGGGCCCUGAUACGCACCAUGCUGGAGCGCUGUGACCGAUUCCUCUGGUCCCAACAGGCCUGACCCCUCCCUCCAGAAUGGGAAAAGAGUCUGCACUAUUCCUUCCUCUUUGGGGGGCGAUGUCAAGACCAAUCCUCAAAGAAGGGCUGUCCAGUAAUGGCCUACUGAACAGAGGAUGAGCCAUCAUAUUUAAAUUAUGUAACUAUAAAUAAUUAUUUAAUGUUUAUUAUAGAGGUCUAUUGAAAAGCUACAGUAUUAAUAUUGAAUUUCUUCAAAGGUUUUAACCUUGAUCAGAAAGGUACACUUUACAGUAGUGAUGUUGCUCUAGUUGUCGUUUUAAAAGUCCUGCACUGUCCUGCACAUUGUUUUUAGUUUGUUUACCUGGAGUUUGGCCCAUGAGUUUUGGAGUGAAACACACGACUGCUUUGGCAGAUGCGUUCUGUUACUAAAUGUGCAUCUUAAUGUCUAUUCCUCAUUAAACCCCUUCGGUCCUUGUUAACAA